AUCAUCUGAUUUCACUGCAGCACUUCCAGCUGCCUGCUGUCUUGGAGGUGCCUCUGCCUCACGUGGGAGUGCAGUGGGUUACCUUAAAGGGAAAAAUCUGAUGAAACCACUUCAAGAACUUGUUGUUACAUGUGAUAUCUUAAUGGAAUUUACCAGAAUAGAGCGGAGAUUCCUGACCUAGGAUCUGGAGCAGACCUGAAAGAAACCCUUAUUCUUCAGGGUGAGAUUACCUCUCUCCAAAGAAGCUGUAAAUACCAGGAAAAAAAACAAGGUGUUUAAGGUUUUCACUCAGAAGGAAUAAGCARAACCAUGGCAGAAUUCACAGGUUACAAGGAGACAUCGAAUCGCCACCUACGAUUCAAAUUGCAGAGUCUUAGUCGCCGCCUUGAUGAACUGGAGGAAGCCACCAAGAAUCUGCAGAAAGCAGAGGAUGAGCUGCUGGACCUCCAGGACAAGGUUAUCCAGGCAGAGGGCAGCAAUUCCAGCAUGCUGGCUGAUGUCGAAGCUCUGCGGAAAAGAGUGCUCAAGAUUGAAGGCAAGGAUGAAGAAAUUAAGAAGGCAGAAGAGCUUUGCCGCUUAAUGAAAGAAAAGCUUGAAGAGGAAGAAAGCCUCACCCGAGAACUGAAGGCAGAGAUUGAACGACUUCAGAGGAGAAUGGCAGAGCUGGAGAAGCUGGAGGAAGCCUUCAGCAGAAGCAAGAAUGACUGUACCCAGCUGUGUCUUAGCCUUAAUGAAGAAAGGAACUUAACCAAAAAGAUAUCUACGGAGCUAGAAAUACUUAGAGUGAAAGUGAAAGAGCUUGAAGCAUCUGAAGAUAGGCUAGAUAAAAAUGAGCAGAGCUUAACGGGUGAAUUAGAAAAACUGAAAUCCUUAGCACUGAGCUUUAUCAGUGAACGAAAACAUUUUAAUGAAAGAGAAAAGCAGAAUGAAAAAAUAAUCCAGGAACUAACGCAGAAACUAGAGCAAAACAAUAAACUAAAUAGGGUAGAUCAAACUAGAAAUGCAUCUAACUUGCUAGAAAGAUCGUCAAAUAAUCUCAUGGAAAGAAAUGAUUUGAGAAUUGAAGAUGACUUGUCGCCAGCACUGUCCUCUAAAGAAACCAGGAGGAAGGGAAGUGUGGAUUACCUAAAACGUGUAGAAAAUGAAACCAGGAAUAARUCAGAAAACCAAAAGAAUAAAAAUCAGGAAGACAACAAAGUGAAAGAUCUGACCCAGGAAAUUGAGAAACUUAAAACACAGAUCAAGCAUUUUGAAUCUUUGGAAGAAGAACUUAAAAAAAUGAGAGCCAAAAACAAUGACUUGCAGGACAGUUACUUGAGUGAGCAGAAUAAAAACAAACUCUUGAUUGGUCAACUAGAAGAAAUAAAAAUGCAAAUCAAGAAACAGAAAGAUUUGGAAAAUGGAGAGGUAGAAAAUGAAGAUACAAGCUUUUCUAGCAGGGGGAAGCACGACAGGCCUAAAUACAGAGGUAUCACAGCUGACCUGGCAGGUACCAAGCACAAGGCAAGGGAGCUUUCACCCCAGCACCGACGGGAACGAAUGCGCAACAGAGAUUUCUCCUUCAGUAAUGACAGCUACRGCCACGGGGGUAAGCAAGUACCCAGCCCAAGCUUAGUGACCAGGAAAGCAGGAAAAGCAUCCAGUGCAUCUACCCUCCUAGAUGCUACUGUCACAGAUACAAAAAGACUAGAUGAGAAAUGUUUAGCUUCCGCUUUUUCCUCUGGUCAGAAGGAAGGCUGUGCCACACCGAAUGAGGUGAAGAGAUCAAAGGAGCAGCCAUCUGUCCUCAGUCGAUACCCUCCGGCUGCGCAUGAGCAGAAAUCUUGGAAAGCCCCUUCCAAACCCCUUAACGACACGGGCCUCAAGACCAAGGUCGAGAAGCCCUAUCAGAUGCUCCGGGGCAACUGCCCAAACAACUCUGAUGCACGAGAUGAAAAGCUAAGCAAAGGAGAAUUAGUCUGUUCUGUGCCUGAGAAGCUAAAAAUGAAUCAGGCAGAAGCUGCUGACUCUGCGGACAUGCCCAAGGGUAAUCACCCCUCUUCCAAUGGAACUGCUUCAGCUUACCGGUAUCACCUCCCUUCCCAGACAUCACCCUCAGAUCCCAUGAGCUCUAAAGCAGAGGGAACAAACAUGUUUGCUGCAUCUCACCGGCAGUCCUCAGAGGGGAGGCCUAAAAAAGCAAUAGACUCCCAUGAGAAAGAUGUCACAGACACUUUCCUUGAAAAUUCAAAGCCUUCAACAUUAAUAAAGCGUUCGCAUCGCUCAAGGAGUCAAGAAGACAUUCUGCAGAUUCUUUCAGGUCUUGAUAAAGAAGACACAGAACAGUCUGCAACUUCAGGAACAGAUCCUAUAAACACUGUCUUAAAGACAGAUCCACAAACCAUCCAAAGUAGUCAUGAAAAAAGUAAUUCAGAAGAAGAAACAGGAAGAAACAGAAAAGCAACCACUCAGUUGGACUUUGAGACAAGAAAGAAAGCCAAUUCCAAAGAGUUCUCCAAUUCCAGGGGAAUUUUUAGAGCAUCUGUUUUUGAAAAUGACAAGAAUACUGUAAAUGAUGAAGAAUCCACCAAGUCUAUUAAAACAUCCGAUACCAGCACAGGCGGAUUUAAAUCCAGGCGGUCAUUCAGCCCAAGAGAAGCCCUGAGGUCAAAAGCCAUCAUUAAACCUGCGAUCGUUGAAAAAGACAUGAAAGCAGUAAUGGGAGAGACUCUUGGUGAGGCAGAGUCAGAAAAGCAGAGAAGUGUUUCCAAACCCACGACAAAUAAAAUGACAAGCAGUAUCACCAUCUUCCCUUCUGAGCCAGCAUCCUCCAGGACUAGUGUAGACGUAGCAAUAAAAGAAAGGCAUGCUACCACCAGCAGCAUCAACAAAACUGCUCUGAAAUUAUCGGAGACAGACAGAACUGGAGAUUCAGCUCUGAGAAGCAGAGCAGAAACAGUGGUCUCAAGAAGCAGCAUUACAAUCAAGCCCUCUGAACUCCAGGAAAAGAACAGUGAGACAUCCUCAGAGACUAUCAGCUGGAAGAACCACGGCUCUGUAGACACGGGUUCAUCAGAAACAAAGCACGUCACUGUGAGAAGUUCUUGGAGAACAAGACAAGGCUUACAUUCCCUGGACGACUCUCAAGCCAAAGCAGAGAAAAAUGCGAUUUCAAGUAGUACAAAUAAGUGCAAAUCCUCUGUGGAUCUCUGUGAAGCUGAAGGGACCCAUGAAAGAACAAACUCACUUCAGCAGAGCUCAGCACGGGUGAGUGCCGUGGUCGAUUCUUCGAAUGGCUCUGAACUGGGCUCCCGAAGGACCAAAAGUAACUUAAGUGCCUCGGAGCUUCUAACACGGCGGAGCUACAUCAGUGAUCCUGCAGUGGCUUCUCCUUGGCACAGAACUGCAUCGUCUGAGGAAAGCAAAGAUUUUGUGCUUAGUUCCAGAAGAAAACAGUAYGGCUCCUCAGAGUAUCUUUCCCAGGUUGACACAGCAGGGAAAAGGACACCCUCCAGAAUGGACCUCCACGACGUGGAAUCCAGUUCCCGCACGCAGCUGGGAAUCGCAGCAGAGGAGCAGGGCAGCUCCCGAUCCUGCCGGACAACAUCUAGGAGAUGAAUUAUAUUCCCUUGCACCAAGUGAACACUCUGCGUAGCGGAGCAAGAAACAGGAUACGAGCAAGCUCACCGGUGUCACACCUGCUCUGGGACCCCUCCAGAGGCUUCAGCGAGCCUGAAAGCAGGUUUGCGAGGCCCAGGAGCUUUAUCAGUGAAUUUUCCUUCAUUGCUGAAGAGGCAGCUGCAGAGACUUUGCUCAGGGGACUCCCACUUUUCAUCUCUGUACCUGCAAUCCAAAAUUUCUCCRUAGGGUGAUAAGUGGAUCUCCCUGUGGAAACCUUGAGUGCACUGGCACUCUUUCAAGCUGAACUAUGGUACUCCCCGGAAAGUGAUAACUCCUCGUUAAUCACUUCAUUUAGACACGAUGCCAGCAGGAUACCCGUGACCGUGCUGCCCAUGACAGCUGCCCAAAUCUCCACAACUGAAAGCAGYGAGUUCCUAGCGAGUUUACGCUCCUCUGAUGCACCUGUCUUCACCUGAGUUGCCCUCACCACUGCUACCCAUCUCCAGCAGCCUCGGUCUGUGGGCAGGAACGUACAUCCCCAGUAGUUGCUUUACCCACCAACACGAGAAGGGAAGGGGAGCAGAAAUUGCUCUUCAGAACCAGUUUCCUUUCCAUCUGUCUCAGCCUCUGUAGGCUGAGACCUCACGCUGAGCCCAACGAGCAGCAGGUUGCACCACAGCRAAUCCUCCUCCUGCCUUGCACCAGGACACAUUUUUUGUUCCCCAAACGUCGUGUCCAGCCAACU